GACGCCACAGACACCAGCUGUCACAAGGCAGCCUCUCUGUUAUCUACCGCUGAUAAGACGCCUGCCACACAGCCACCACUCCGUACAACUGCUGGUGUAUUUACGGCCCUCAUCUGAACCGGCGACUGUAUUCCUUGACUCCAUCUCUGCGACUACAUACAUCAGACAUGCCGAACCGCACUCCUAAAAUCAAAUACACUAAGCACUUCAUCAACAAUGAGUUUGUGGACUCCUUGGACAAGAAAACCUUUGCAGUACUAAAUCCUUGCACAGCAGAGAAAAUCUGUGAUGUGGCUGAAGGUUUUAAGGCCGAUGUCGACAUUGCAGUGAAAGCAGCAAAGGCAGCCUUCCAGCAAAACUCUGCCUGGAGAACCUUGGAUCCCUCAGCCAGAGAGGUCCUCAUGAACAAGUUGGCUGACCUAAUCGAGAGAGACGCAGAUGAACUAGCCAGUAUACUCACAUUGGAAAAUGGAAAACCAUUCAAGGCAGCAUUGUGGGAAAUCCAUAAUGCCGCCAAAACCAUGCGUUACUACGGUGGGUGGUGUGACAAGAUUUAUGGCAAGACUAUACCUGUAGAUGGUCCGUUUUUCACAAUAACCCUAAAGGAGCCUGUGGGAGUGACUGGUCAGAUCUUGCCAUGGAAUUUCCCUGUAGCCCUCCUUGCAGCCAAGUGGGGACCUGCCCUUGCUGCUGGAUGUACUACUGUGCUCAAACCAGCUGAGCAGACACCGAUCACAAUCCUUCAGAUCGCUGCACUCACCAAAGAGGCUGGGUUUCCUCCAGGAGUGAUAAAUGUUGUCAACGGUUUUGGUCCCACUGCUGGAGCAGCCAUUACAAACCACCCUGACAUUUCAAAAAUAGCUUUCGUAGGCUCCACUGAGGUUGGCAGAAUAAUCAUGGAGUCAGCUGCCAAGUCCAACCUGAAGAGAGUUGGUUUGGAGCUUGGAGGAAAGAGCCCAAUUGCUAUAUUUGAUGAUGUUGAUGUUGACAAGGCAGUAGAAAUUGCUUAUGAGGCUGUAUUUAUCAACGGAGGCCAGGCAUGUUGUGCUGGCACCAGAACCUUUGUUCAGGACACAAUCUACGAUGCCUUUGUUAAGAAGGCAGCAGAAAGAGCGGCCAAGAGGAAAGUUGGAGACCCAUUCAGUGAUGAAACGGAACAGGGUCCUCAGGUUGACGAGGAAAUGUUCACCAAAGCCCUGCGGAUGAUAGAGUCAGGGAAGAAGGAAGGAGCUAAGCUGGAGACAGGAGGCAGCAGGAUUGGAGACAAGGGAUACUUCAUCCAGCCUACAGUAUUCUCCAAUGUUACAGACAACAUGACCAUCGCUCGAGAGGAGAUUUUUGGCCCAGUCCAGCAGAUCCUGAAGUUCUCUUCUGUGGAAGAGCUAGUGGAAAGAGCUAACAACACUACGUAUGGUCUGGCCGCUGGCAUUGUCACCAAUGACCUCAACAAAGCCAUCGCCUUUGCCAAGGCUGCCCAGGCUGGCAGUGUCUGGGUGAAUUGUUUCAACAUUGUGAGCUAUCAAGCACCUUUUGGUGGUUACAAGGAAUCUGGAUUCGGAAAGGAUAUGGGAGAGGAAGCUAUUCACGAGUACCUCAACAUCAAGACUGUCACCAUUGCACUGCCUACACCAUCAAAGUAACAUCUACUACGCUCACUGCAUUUUUGUUAUAUAAAUCAUUUUUACCACAUUUCAUGUUGCAAUAACUGUUUAAAAAACAAAUUUGUUCAAUAAACUUAUCUACAAUAAUGUA